AUGCUGAGUCGCCAGUUGGUGCGAGCCUCGCCACGGCAAUGGAACCAUGCAUGUCUCUUUUGCGCUGCUUCAAGCCUGCCACGCCCGCUACUGCGCCAGCCCUUCAGCGCCACUGCUGUUGUGCUGAAGCGAGAUGUGCCUAAGAAAGCUGCAAAGUCUGCAAAGCCUAAAAAGGCUACAAAGGCUAGCAAAAAACCCAAGAAUGCCCGUGAAAUAGAAGAGGCCGAGGAUGUAGCGGCGGACGAGCAUGGCGACAACAAUGGCAUGUCUCUCAAAGACGCACUUCUUGGUCGCAAGCGGGAGAGACGGAAAGAGAAGGGCGAAGAACGUGAGAAGCUGAACAUAAGCUCGAUUGAGACCAGCGAGCUCAAAUUCGAGCCUGUGCCAGUGGAAAAACCGCCUGUGCCCAUGCUAGCCUAUGGACUUGACCGCGUGCUUUUCAACCCUGGCGUGUACCGACUGCAGGACCCACGGUCAAGAGUGUACAACUUCGACCCCUACUUGGAGAAGAUCAUGCCAGCCCACGAGUUCGAUUUUAAAGCCCUGAGCGAGUACAAGACUUCCUCCAAGGACAAAGACCUGCUCGCCUUGACAAAGGACAUUGGCGCAAAGUUCACGGGCUCCACAUCCAGCAUGUCGGGCAUCUUGCAGCACUUCCAUUUCGUUCUGUCCAACUUUCGAAAGCUCAACCACGACAUGCUCUCACGCCAGUUCCCAGAUCCGUCUCCGAAUUUUUCGAAAAUCACUCUUGGUCCCAGUACUGUCUUUCUGAGACACAAGGACGGCAUCUAUGCAAUUGACGCAGACAAGUCCUACGAUAGACCCAACAUUAUGAGUUGGCUUGGUCAUUCUCUCGAGAAGUUGCUCACGACCGAGCGAAGCGAGUUUGAAAGAUAUCGUAGAUCGAAUCCCGAGCAGGCACCUACAGAAGAUAAUUCCAGCCGUUGCUAUCACUAUUCGAAGCAAGGCAACAUUAUGAUGCGGUCCCAACUGGAUGCAGUCGACCCCCGACUCCCCGGAACCGGCGUUUUCGAUUUGAAGACGAGGGCUGUUGUUUCAAUUCGUAUGAACCACAAAGAAUUCGAAGAAGGCUCGGGUUACCAGCUACGACAUGCGUUGGGCGAGUGGGAAUCUUUUGAGCGUGAGUUCUACGACAUGACACGUGCCACGCUGCUCAAGUACUCACUGCAAGUCCGGAUGGGGCGAAUGGAUGGCAUUUUCGUCGCCUUUCACAACAUUGAGCGCAUCUUUGGCUUCCAGUAUCUCAGCUUAGCAGACAUGGAUGCUGUUCUUCACGGACAGCACGACACAUCAUUGGGAGACGAGGAGUUCAAGGUCUCUAUCAACCUGGUUGAUGAACUCCUAACCAAGGCUACCGCUCAGUUCCCUGACACAUCCUUGAGGAUGCAUUUCGAAGCACGCGAAGGCAAGACGCCCUUUAUGUACAUAUUUGCUGAGCCCGUCACCGAGGAGCAGGCGGACGAGAUCCAACAGGCAGGGGAAACUGCCCAACAAGACUUUGCGCGGGAUAUUGUGGGUAUACCAGAAGACGAUCGGAGAACUCAAGAAGCUUGGCAGGACAUCCAAGACGAUGUUGACGAGCAAAUCAGUGAGGAUCAAAGGAUCAUCUCGAUAGCAGAGAGUAGCGAGGCCGAUGCAUCUCAGCAAGAACCACUCGAUGCUUCUGAAAACGCGUCCGAAGACGUUUCCAAAGAGCCUACUGAAGAGACCACUGAAGAGACCACUGAAGAAACUGCUGAAGAGACUGCUGAAGAGACUGCUGAAGAGACUGCUGAAGAGACUGCUGAGGAAUCUACCAACGAUGGAGAUGAGGAAAGCGUAGGAGACGUGAAGGAUGUACCCAAACCUACCUCGAUCUCGGAGGGACCGCUAAUGGGAUGGACAUUGAGCGUCCGUAAUAUGGUGAACGGGGGCUACGUGGAGAGGCCCGUCGACUUUACAGAACAAGACGAGUGGAAGGUUGAGUACCACAUCAAGGAGAUUCCAGAGCAGACUCGUUGGAGGCUGUACAACGCGCUGAAGGAGCGGCGGCGUCAACUGAUUGGGCUGGACGAAGAGGAGACGGAUAGGAAGCUCAAGCCCUACCGCGACCUGAUCUCAAGGUUCAGCCACCGCGGGCGACAAUGGAGAAAAGAGCAAGAUCAGCUUAACGAAUCAAAGGGAGUGCAGGUGUUCCGGCCACUCGGGCCUGGCUCCGAUGCUGCACACGAACACGAUGAAGCAGCGACGGCAAAGACGGAGGAGAUUACAAAGGUUGAAUGA